AUGAACCGCUACACAGUCGGCUUGCCAUGGUUAAUCUUGUUCACCUUCCUACAGUUGAGUUUUAUUGUCAUCGCUGGAUAUCUGUACUCAACAGUCAAUUUUGACGUUGUUUUUCGAGCUCAGGUAAGGAAACACUUUUUAUUGUUAAAUAUAUUGUUCUUAUACGCAUAAUAUAUAUGUUUUUUGCCUUGCUUAAAAAAUUUCCAGAACUUCGAGAUUGAAUGUGCAUUCGUACUUAUCACAUCGGUCCUACUUUUGUUUAAUUUUCAUCAAGUAUGCGCGUUACGCCGUUUUUCCAUUGGGUUCUGGGAGAAGAGGACUGGAAUUUUGAUCAUCACGCUAUGUAAGCAGUGAACACACAUGGCCCGGGGCAGGGACGGGUUACGGAAAUUUCGAAAAGGGCCAGGCCGGGAUGACUUUUAUUGGAGCCGGGCCAGGAUUACUUUUUUUGGCCACCGGCCCAGGCCGGCUUUUUUUAUGCGGGCCGAGAAAACUUUUACUGGGAUCGGUCCGUGCUGGCUCUUCCUGUGCCGGGCCGGGCUGCUUUUUUCACUUUUCUGGGACAUGGGCGACUUUUUCUGGGCCGACCCGAGCUGAAUUUUUCUAAGACGGAGCCGAUUUUUUUUCUGGGAUUGAGGCCGGCUUCUUCUGGGACCAGUUUCUGUGGUGCCAAGCCGAACUUUUGUGAGGCCAGCCCCACCGGGUCAAUUUUACUAUGGACAUGAAUCUUGCCUUUUUAAUUUUACAUCUUUUCAGCCGGGUUAAUGGCCAUCCUGUUCCUUGUCGUCUUCUUCGCGAGACUUCUACUCUUUCCGACCGACGUAAUCAACACAUUUGCGCUACUUGGAAGCUCCUCAUAUGGGGUGAUUUGGCUGGGUGCAGUCAUGCAAUAUUAUAUGGUAACUGCCGGAUUCUUUCUUUUUGAUGGAAGAAUUUAUUAUAUCUUUCUUUUUUCCAGAUUUACGACUAUGUUGACGCGAUGGUGACCGCUCACAGUGAUGUGGGAAUUCCUUUAAGCAAAGAGGACGCCAGAGAACUUUGUCGCUUGAGAACCUAUGAGUCCAUGUUCAUGAAUGGAAAGUCAAAGCUCAGCCGGUGGAUUGGAGUCAAUUAUUUUGCAGUAAGCCUUUUUGCCAAGUUUUUGUUUACAAGCGAAGUACCCAAAAUGAGAACAACACGAUAAUCUGCGAUAAUCUUUAUCAUGGUGCAGUCUUUCCAUUAAUUUCGAAUUCUCUUGUCUCUAUUUGGAGAUUAAAGGGCAAUAUUUUGUUUAACCUUAUCGCAAUUCUUGAGUUGCAGCUGCAGGGUGCUAAAGAAAAUAUUUUUAUUUUUUGCACUGUGCAAUAUUUUUUUGCGUUUAUUGCACCGUGCAAAAACAAUACUUUUUUUGCGUCAUGACCGCAGCGUGCAAAAAACUACGGAAGCCCUCUGUGGCUAAUUUGUCAGACUUUACAGACUGGGCCUACCAGAAAGUGCGUGGACUUUUCUUCGCACAGUACAUUUUUCGUCCUUUUGCACGUGCAAUUUUGUGAUUUUUUAAUUGCACGGUGCAAAAGGUAAAAUGCACUGUGCGGAAAAUUUAAGAAAAAAGUCUGCGCACUUUAUGCAACGAGUAGUAGAAUAUCAGUCUGUCGGGAAAAUUAUGUGGACUUUUGCCUUAAAAUCGCCCGUCAUCGCUUGCGACGGCUGGCGGCGGUCAGAUAUUUUUUUACGCGAGACAUUUUCAUCCACAUUAUUUUCCCGACAGACUGAUAUUUCCCAAAAAAGUUUAAAAAUUUCUCUUUUCAGCAAGCCGAAUACUACUUCCUAAUGCGAGUGGUCGACGGCCUGGAACGCUCAUAUUAUUCGACAGAUUCCGGGAAACGGGAGCUUGUGGAAAUAUUGGAAGGCAUCAAGCUGCGGCUGAAAGCGUUCAAUCUCUCCGAGAUGGACUGCUACAAAUUUGAGAAACUGGCGAGGAAAUUUCCCCACUUGAUCAGCCCCUCGAGCGACCCGUACUACGAAUACGACCGCAGGGUGAUUGGCAAUGGCUUUUGCACCAACAGCAAGUAUGCGAUAUUUGGAACACAAACCUUUCAGAAUGGAAGAGAUUACACGAUUAUUUGA